AGUCGUCGCGGGAGUGCCGGCCCCUUCGCGUCGCGCAGCCCGCCAUACGGCCCGCUGCUGCUGGUUGCCAUACGGUGACAGAUGCCAGUUUGUGGGGUGGAGUUCCAUGCCUGUUGCACUUCAUCGGUCAGUGCAGGGGCGGUUAAUGGUAUUUGUGGAUGAUGCUGGAGUUUUCGCCCGAUGAUGUCCCAUAUGUGCUCCACUAGAAACAGAUGCGGUGGUCAAGGAGACCAAGGAACCAUGUCAACACUACGUAGAGGACGUUGAGUUACAACAGCGAUCAAAGAGGCACACGUUCACCUACUUCAAGUGGAAGACAUCGAUUACCAGAGAACCAACGAACAGCGGUGAACCUCGCACCUGGAUCGCUACGCUCAGACAGGUUCCGGACAUCGGUUUAUCCAGCACUGGCCACGAAUUCAGUGGACCGGAAGCUGGCAGUAGCAGGCGUUCUACGAAAAUAACAUAAAGAUGAUGAAGAUCAUAGCCAUUAGCAUCGGAGAGUGCAGUAGUUUUAAUUGUGCUGACGAAGAUGGACUGGGAAACGUUCUCUGUAUACACCUAUUCUCUAGCUGAGUGCUAUAAUCGGAAGCAGGAUAUUCAUUACAGAAGUAUUGUAGGCGAAACCAACUUGAAGUGCUGUUUGUGUCAAGGACAGCGAUUCGAGUGAAAGUAUAAAACUGUGUUAGGCUGUGACUGGUGUCCAUCAAGGUUUCUUCGUCACAAAAUUAGUUGGUUUUGCCGAACUAAUGGAAAUGAGCUGAAGUAACAUGUAAAUCAAGAGAUCUAAUUUUCUUAUUUUUUCCAUUAUGGACUACCGACAAAAAAGUGAUUUUGUGCAGUGACUGUGUCAACAUUCCAGUUAAUUAUUAACGAAUUGGCAGACAAGGGUAUCGUAGAUAAUCGAAGAUGUAUCAGUUUAUAUUUUCAAAGUGUUCAGUGCCGGCAGUUUGAAAAAAGAGCUUCCAAGAAAACAUUUUUUUAAAAAAAUUUCGAUUUAAAAUUUCAGUGAAAAUGGUUUCAAUAAAUUAUCUCAAAGUUCGAGGAGAAAAUAUGUAAAGAACUCAUCAGUUAAGGAAAAGAUUUUUAACUUUCAUUUAAGUUGUACGAAGUACUGGAUUUGGUGAAAGUGAGCAUUUCAUGAGUAAGUUCCACUUAGUUAUACUCGGCUAUAGGGGAUCCGUUAUUAGUAAGGAAAUAAAAGCUUUAUAUCGCAGGUGUUGAGAGGUCGCAACUUAAAAGGAACAGCGUUCGAGAAGUUCUAUAUUUAAAACUAAUUCUUCUGGUUACUCCACAGCGUUUACAGAAUACAGUGUUAUUUUGAGCAGGAUUCUCUUGGGAAUUCCAGGUUAGAAAAUGGGUAAAUUUGUACUAAAUUAUGCACUGUAAUGUAGGUGGAUGUGUUAUCUUGAUAUUCCUCCAAGCAAUCUCAGUCAUGUACAGUUUCAGUCAGGUCUGUAGUGGAAAGUGCAUAGUAAUGGACCCUUUGCCUCCAGUACUUGUCAGUGAAGUGUAGCCAAAUAAUAGUGCGUAAUACCAUAUAUUGCAAAGCAUGUGGUGUGAGAAACAGGAGGGAAGGCUAACUGAAUCGAUGUGACACGGUAGGGAGUUUUGCGAGAGGUACGACGGCCUUUCACGAAGUACAUCUCGCGUGUGGCUAUACGGACGUGCUAUAACAUUUGAGGAAACCUGCAGAAGGUUGGACCUUCUGUGAUGCGACAAAUGUGAUCGCGCAGUUUAGUAAUAUGACGCACAGUAAAUACGAGUGGCAGACUUCAAGCGAAAGGGUGGUUUCCUUGUGGAUGUACAUUCGCGGUGUGACCACGGCAAGUGACAGUCUGUCUGGACUCGUGUCGAUGAACGCGGUGCAGACUGACACCUGGCAGGCAGUGACAAGGAGGGAGUCGGCGCCCGGAGGCGGCUCGUGGUGAUCGCCGUGGCGACCACGGUGUCGGAGGCGCGCAGCCGCGGCCGGCUGCCCGGCUGGUACUCGCAGCACGGCCCGGGCUACGGGGGCGGCGGCGGCGGCCAGGAUGACGACGACGACGACGGCUUCCUGGCGGCGGCGCCGGUGGCAGGACGGCCGCGCGCCGCGCUCGUCGUCGUCAGCAUGGACGGCGACGCGCCCGCCUCCGCCGUGCUCAAAAAGGGCCACGGCGUGCCCGACGCGGAGGCCGGAGUCGGGGGCGGAGACGGCGCCGGCAGCAAGGACGACGGCGGCGGCGGCGCUGGCGACGGCGGCUGCUCGUGUUGCUGCUGUUGCUGCUGCUGCAAGCCACGAGCAGGGGCCGAGGCGAGCAGCGAAGGCGGCGCGGGCUGGUGGCGUCCCACCAUGCUGCUGCUCCUGCUGGUGCUGCUGCUUGUCGUCUUCGUCCUCAUCUCGGGCAUCCUGCUCUACUACAACUAUAUCACCUACAGACCCAGACUACCACUGACAGAUGAUUUCAGCUACGAUAUACCUCCAAUGCCCACAGAAGAGCCAUGCGAGGAGGCGCCUUGCUGGUGGGGCGCUGAGUGUGAGUCGGUGGAUGGCCGCCCGCUCUGCCGGUGCCCCGAAGACUGCCAGCCAACGCCCCCCGACGCCGCCACCGACGCCGCCGUCUGCGGCAGCGACGGCGCCACGUACGCCAGUGAGUGCCACCUGCGCGCCAAGGCGUGCGCCAACCGUGACGAGACGCGCGUCAGCCACCCCGGACCUUGCGGCACGACGACGGAGGCGACGGGCCCGCCGGACCCCUGCUCGUCGCUGUCGUGCGGCGAAGGCGAGGAGUGCGUGGUGUCUGCGGAGGGCGCGGCGUCGUGCCGCUGCCGCGAGAGCACGUGCUCGCCCGAGCUGGCGCCCGUCUGCGCCUCGGACGGCAAGACCUACUCCAACGAGUGCGCGCUGCGGAGGGAGGCCUGCCGCACGCACCGCGCCGUGCGCCUGCUGCACCACGGCGCCUGCAACCUCGACGUGUGCGACGGCUGGGAGUGCAGCCACUACGCCAUCUGCGAGAGCGACGGGCGAGGCGGCGCGCACUGCGCAUGCGUCGAGGAGUGCGCCGACACGGAGAGUCCAGUGUGCGGCUCGGAUGGCGUCACCUACAAGAACAUCUGUGAAUUGCAAAAGUAUUCGUGCCUGGAAGAGACGGCGAUCUCUAUUGUGAAGGAACAGCCUUGUGAUGACUGCGAGGGCGACCUAUGCUCCGCUCAGUGUGAGCAGGCGUGCCCCCUGCCUGGCCCAGAGGACGCGGUGUGCUGGUCCGGACGUACCUACCCCAGCUCCUGCCACGCGCGCCGCGACGCCUGCCUUGCGGGCGUCGACGUCAGCGCCGUUACCGCCGGCGCCUGUCCUGACACCAGCAGCAGCGCAGGCCUCCAAGCUACGACCGGGGGCACGGUGUCGCCUUCGGAGGAGGGCGAGUGGCCGUACCCGGAGGCGACGUGCGAGGAGACGACGUGCGAGCUGGGCGCGACGUGCGAGCAGCCUGUGGGCGGCGGGCCCGCGGCGUGCGCCUGCCGCUUCGACUGCGCCGCGGCGCCGCGCGACGGCCCGCUCUGCGCCUCCGACCUGCGCGUCUACCCCUCGACGUGCGCGCUGCGCGCCGAGGCGUGCCAGGCGCGCCGCGAGCUGCGCCUGCGGCCCAUGGAACUCUGCCAAGGGCUGAAGGUGCGGCCGUGCGGCGGGGAACCCCCGCUGGUGCACCCCGGCACGGGCCGGCAGUACGACUGCGGCAGCGGGCCCGCGCGCCAGGACUGCCCCGCCGGCAGCUACUGCCACCAGACCGCGCACUUCGCCCGUUGCUGCAUCAAGACGGACAAGGCCUUGUCCGAGAUCGCGCCCUCGUGCGAAACGUCUACGUACGGAUGCUGCCCAGACGGGAAGACGCCGGCUGGUGGCCCCGCUUACGCAGACUGUCCGUCUUUCUGCGGCUGCAACAAACUCGGCGCACUUUCUGACUCCUGCGACCCACUAACCAAGCAGUGCAUCUGCAAACCAGGUGUCGGAGGCCUGAAGUGCGAUCGCUGUGAAUCGGGCUACUGGGGCCUUCCAAAGAUAACGGAAGGCUACAACGGAUGUACCCCAUGUGAUUGCUCUGUCUACGGCUCUGUAAGAGAAGACUGUGAACAAAUGACGGGUCGUUGCAUGUGUAAAGCUGGUGUGCAGGGACAGAAGUGUACCAUCUGCACAGGACUUAAUAUGAUUCUCAGCCCCUCAGGCUGUACUGAAGCAGAUGAUGUGAUGGACAACUUUGAGAACUUGAAGUCAGGUAAACGAGCUGUAAUGGACAUAUUGCAGAUGAUAAGGGGACAAGCCUGAAUUCCAUGUAUUCCAUUUAGAGAAAUAUAAUUAAAAAGAGAGGCUGGUUGCAAAGACAGAAUGUAAUUGGACAGCAACUGGGAAGCUUGCAGUGCAGUUUAGAAGUUUUUGGUGAAUCAGUUGUUGGGACAGAAUGAGAGUCUGCCUGAUUACUGUGAUACAUUAUAAUUUCACAAUCCUUCCUAACCAUGAAAUGCUUUUUGUUAUUAUGUAUUUUUGCAACAAAAGAUAUAAUAAUAAAAAUAUAAUCACUAUUA